AUGGUGAAAGAUGUUGUUUUUCCUGAUGAUUUCACCUUCCCAUUGGUUCUCAAGGCUUGCUCCUCUAUAGUGGGGCUAAGAGAAGGCCAACAGGUUCAUACUCACCUGGUUAAGCAAUGGUUUUCCAUUGGUAAUGUGUAUGUACAAAACAGUCUCAUGCGUAUGUACUCUUCUUGCGAUAAACGACAUUUUGCACGCCCAGUUUUUGAUGAAAUGCCCGUAAAAAGUUUGGUUCCAUGGAACACCAUGAUUGCUGGAUGUAUCAGUCCUGAUAAAUUCACGUUCACUGUCGUUCUUAGAGCUUGUGCUUCGGUUCCUGCUGUUAUUGAGGGGCAUCAAGUCCAUGCUCAUAUCAUCAAAUUUGGAGUCAAAUCAGAUGGGUUUGUGAAGAAUGGCAUGGUUGACAUGUACUCAAAAUUUGGAGUUAUGGGUUCUGCUAGAAAGGUAUUUGACGAUAUUCCUAACAAGGAUUUGAUCUUGUGGAAUGCUUUAAUUGCUGGUUUUAUAAGGUUGGGUGAUAUGGGUUCUGCUGAGGCUUUGUUCAGGAACAUGGACGAGAGGGAUAUCGGGCGUAUGCAUUACUCAGGUGAGCCUAAUCGGACUUUACCCUACCAACUUGGCUUGGCCAAGGGUUUCAGAACCUUGGGUUUUAACAUGGUAGAUAGGAUAUAA